UUUCUUCAUUCUCAUUUCUCUCUCUCUCUGUUCUCAUCAUCAUUUUCAUUCUCUCUGCUCUGAAAACAUGACUGGGGUUUCUGAAAAAGCAGCUGUUUCUCUUGAUCAGCUUAAGGAGAUUAUGAGUGAGUUUGCAAAGGAGAGGGAUUGGGAGCAGUUUCAUAGCCCAAGGAACCUCCUUUUGGCUUUGGUGGGUGAAAUGGGAGAAUUGUGUGAGAUAUUUCAGUGGAAAGGAGAGGUUCCAAAGGGUCUUCCAGAUUGGAAAGAAGAAGAAAAAGUUCAUCUUGGAGAAGAACUUUCAGAUGUGUUGCUUUAUCUUGUGAGGCUCUCUGACAUGUGUGGUGUUGAUCUUGGCAAAGCUGCUUUGAGAAAGGUUGAACUGAAUGCCAUUAAAUACCCUAAAAAUGUUUCUGUAAAAGAGCCUUCAAUCAGCACCAAAGAAGAUGAAAAUUUAGAAGGUGUUUGAUGAAAUUGCAUUUUGUGUUUUGGGAGGAACAGUGGGAAAGUGGUUUUGGUAUAUGUUCUUCUAUAAAGGGUGGAGGCUAUUAUUGUUGGAUUGGUUUGGUACUAAUUUAUUCUCUUACCUUUGGCAUAUUGAA